GCGUGCGUGCGAGGUUGACGUCAACACGUCAACACGUCGCAGAAGAACCAGGAAGGGGCAGUAAUGGUAGGCUGAAGGCGAAAUGCAUUAGUUAUGGUUUGGAAGGAAUCAAAAUAACAUGUGUCACAGCAGGCCUGACUGCAUGUAUUUCCAGUCCUAGCCAUGGCGUGCUGCCGUUCCUGCCCCAGGCUUUGCUCCCGCUCGUCAGGCUACACCCUGGCCCUCGGCCUGGGCUUUGUAACCUUGGGGACCAGUCGCAUCUUGCUGCUCAAGUUCUCUGCCAACGCUGAGAACAAGUAUGACUUCCUCCCUGCAUCUGUCAAUAUACUUGCUGAGGCGCUCAAACUGCUCUUCUGUCUGGCCAUGUCAAUCAGGGUCAUAGUCCGAGAGGGACGCUCAUGCAGAGAGCUCGGCUAUUCCUCCAGCUCUUCCUUCCUCACUUCCCUGAAGUGGGCUGUACCCGCUUUCCUCUACUUUCUGGACAACCUCAUCAUCUUCUAUGUGAUGACUUACCUGCAGCCUGCCAUGGCAGUGUUGUUCUCCAACUUUGUCAUCCUGACCACAGCUGUACUUUUCAGGAUUGUUUUAAAGAGGCGCCUGUCCUGGGUUCAGUGGGCAGCAUUGCUUGUCCUCUUCCUGUCCAUUGUUUCCUUGACGACAGGGUCAGGGGGCAGCCAAAACGCCAUUGCUGUGCAAGGACUCCACUCAAACCCCCUCUCCACCCCCUCCAACUCCUGCCUGCUCUACACACAGCUGCUGGAGCAGAUGAGGAACAGCAGUGCUAGUGAAUCUUGGGUGUCGUCCCUGCCCGGGCAGGCCUGGAGGGACAGGAUAGUAGGGAAGCUUCGAGCUCUGGGUGUGGGUCACAUCCUGCUGCUCCUCCAGUGCUUCAUCUCCGCCAUGGCCAAUAUCUACAAUGAGAAGAUUCUGAAAGAAGGAGACCAGCUCACUGAGAGCAUCUUCAUCCAGAACAGUAAAUUGUAUGCCUUCGGUGUGGUGUUUAAUGGUCUGACCCUUGGGCUUGGCAGUGAGGCACGAGGCCUCACCAUGCACUGUGGCCUCCUCCAUGGACAUAACAUCUACUCCCUGGGUUUAGUGCUUAUCACAGCUGCUCUGGGUUUAUCUGUGGCCUUCAUCUUGAAAUUCAGAGACAACAUGUUCCAUGUGCUGACAGGCCAGAUCACCACUGUUCUAGUUACCGCACUCUCCCUCUUCCUCUUCGACUUCCACCCGUCGCUGGACUUCUUCCUCCAGGCUCCCAUGGUCCUGCUGGCCAUCUUUAUCUACAAUGCAAGCCGGCCCAGGGACCUGGAAUACAGCCUGCAGCAGGAAAAGCUGCGCGUCAUCAACGGAGAGGUGUUCGAGAGGUCCAGAGGGGACGGCGAGGAGCUGGAGCUCCUGACAAAGCCCAACACAGACAGUGAAUCUGAGGAGGAGUCUUUGUAGAACUGAGUUAUGGCUCUCCUACAAAACAGAAGAUUUUCUUCUUCGCUGCAGCUAAUAUUAAGCUGGACGAUAGACUUGAACUCUCUGAAGCAGCAUGCUCUCAGAUUCUGUCAAAGCAUUUAUUUACCGACUGUCAGCAGUUAAACAGUGAAUGACAGUGUUGAUGGACUGAUGAACUCUGUUGGAAACUUCUGAUAACUAAGACUGUUGUGUAUAUUUUGAAAUGUGCCUGUCAAUCUAUGAGUGCUGUCAUUUAUGUAGUGGAAGGUACAUCAGUGUAUGUGCUUGGGAAAACAUUGUCACUGUAUUCGCCAUUUGGGAUCAUUACGGUUUUCUGUUAUGGAUAAUAAAUAAUGAUUCCUGUUGCAGGUGAUUGAUUGCUUUAAUGACCAGCAGUCAAAUUUCAGUUUUUCAGAUUGUAUUUGACUUUAUACUGUUUUGAAUUGUUGUUGGCACUGUGUAAAAGAAGUGUUUAUUUAGUCAGUAUUUAAACACUGUGGAAAACCUAAACAGUCCAGUACACACUCGCAACCUAUAGCUUCAGAAAUGUUCAUGUAAUUGUAAAUUAUAUAUUAGCUGAAAUGUACAUACACAACACGACUGUUGUUUCCAUUACAGUUACAGGGCGUUCUGUUUUUCUACUCAGAACCAGAGCAUUGACAUAUUAGAGCAGUUAGUAUGGCUCAAUUUCUGAAAGCACAACAAACUGGUUUAAACUUUUAGUCAUAUGACAGUAUUGAUGUAUUCCAGCUGUGAAAUACUUGCUUCUUUUAAGAUUGUUGUCUGUGCCAUAACAUUUUAACAUGUAUGAAUGUCUGUUCUGAAAUAAACUACAAUUAAAGUGCUUUA